UCCGGCUCCGAGCGAGCCCGAGCCGCUCCGUGUUUUCCAGCGCUCCGCCGCCGCAGUGGGAGGAAGUGGACCCGGACAGCAGCAGCGGUACCGCGCAGCGUAACAACACCACACCGAAGACGCUCCUCGCUGCUCCGCCGCAGCAGCACGGCCAAAACCGACCCUUUACCCCGAGAGCAGCGGUCCGGAGCCGGCGGAACCGCGGUCCGGACGGAGGCGGAGCGACGGUCGAGCCGAGCCCGCGGCUCCCCCAGCGGGCUGAGCCGCUGCAGCAGAACCGCGUACAGGGAACCCUAACGCGGCCCCGAGGAGUCUGUUCGGGGGUUUUCACCCGGACCUGGACCGGCCCCACCAGGACCAGGACCGGCCCCGGUACCGGUACCAGCAGCCCCGGCAGCUCCGGUCCGGAUGCGCGGACGGAGCCGAGCGAACCCGGCAGAGACAGACCCAUACCAAUGUUUCCGUGAAGACGUCGACGCAGCUCCGGUCCCGCCCGGUCCAAUCCAGCCCGGUCCAGCCGAGCACCGAGCCGAGCCGCCACCCAGGGCGGUUCUGGUGCCGCUGAGAGCCCCGACCGUCCUGUUUCCAGGCGGCUCGGUUCUCUAGCUGCUAGCGGCUAACUAGCGCGGCGGCUAACUAGCCCAGUAUCGAUCCGGAUCGAUCACCCGGUUCCCCCGAACCCUCGCCUGUCCCCUGCAGGUGUCGGUUCCAGUGUUGCCCGAGCCCAGCAGGACGGCGGGCGAGGCUCUCUCUCCCCCUGAGCCGGGUCCACGUCUCACCUGGUUCCGCCCCGCCCCGCAGCCUGGAGGUCCGGGGCCGCGGCCCCGCUCCCCGCCCGGGGGUCCCCAGUACCGCCGCCCGGCCCCAGGCCCGCCCGGACCCGCCCCCGCUCAACGGCUGAGCCGGGAGUGAUCCUCCUGCAGCGGGGAGUCCCGCGGGACCGGGGGCUCGGAGCUCCAGGAGCUCCAGCAGCUCCGGCCUGUCCUCCUCCCGGUGGCCGCUCUCCCCCCCGCUCCGCCCGGCCCCGCUGCGGAGCCAGAGCCGCUCUCUUCACCUGCAGCUCCAGCAGCUCCGCCAGUUAACCCGCAUGAGCUCCAUGCGAGUGUCAGUGAUGGCGGUCUGAGACUCGGGUGCUGCUCUCGUCUGGUGGAGGAAGAAGCUGAUUUUAAUCUUUUUUUUUAAUAAAAACACAAACCCCCCUUCCCCACCACCCCCACCCACACGAGGAAGCCCAGACCCCGUUAUUUUGUUGGAUUUGGUCGCACCAGGGUCGAAAGAUGGCGGACCUGGAAGCAGUACUCGCCGAUGUCAGCUACUUGAUGGCGAUGGAGAAAAGCAAAUCUACUCCGGCGGCCCGGGCCAGCAAGAAAAUCAUCCUGCCCGAGCCCAGCAUACGCAGUGUGAUGCAGAAGUAUUUGGAGGAGAGAGAUGAGCUGACGUUUGACAAAAUUUUCAACCAGAAGAUUGGCUUCCUGCUGUUCAAGGACUUCUGCAUGAACGAGAUCGACGAAGCCGUUCCUCAGCUCAAGUUCUACGAAGAAAUCAAGGACUAUGAGAAGCUGGACUCGGAGGAGGAACGCCUGAGCCGCAGCCGGCAGAUCUACGACGUCUACAUCAUGAAGGAGCUGCUGUCCUGUUCACACCCAUUUUCCAAGAAGGCCGUGGACCACGUCCAGAGUCAUCUGGCCAAGAAGCAGGUUCCCCCAAACCUGUUUCAGCCGUACAUCCUGGAGAUCUGCGACAGCUUGAGGGGGAACAUCUUCCAAAAGUUCAUCGAGAGCGACAAAUUCACCCGAUUCUGCCAGUGGAAGAACGUGGAGCUCAACAUCCACCUGACCAUGAAUGACUUCAGCGUCCACCGGAUUAUCGGCAGGGGCGGCUUCGGGGAGGUGUACGGCUGCAGGAAGGCCGACACGGGGAAGAUGUACGCCAUGAAGUGUUUGGACAAGAAGAGGAUCAAGAUGAAGCAGGGCGAGACGCUGGCGCUCAACGAGAGGAUCAUGCUGUCGUUGGUCAGCACGGGGGACUGUCCAUUUAUCGUGUGCAUGACAUACGCCUUCCACACCCCCGACAAGCUGUGCUUCAUCCUGGACCUCAUGAAUGGGGGUGACCUGCACUACCACCUGUCUCAGCACGGCGUCUUCAGCGAGAAGGAGAUGCGUUUCUACGCAGCCGAGAUCAUCUUGGGUCUAGAGCACAUGCACAACCGCUUUGUCGUCUACAGGGACCUUAAGCCGGCUAACAUCCUGUUGGACGAGCACGGUCACGUUCGGAUCUCGGACCUCGGCCUGGCCUGCGACUUCUCCAAGAAGAAACCUCACGCCAGUGUUGGUACGCAUGGCUACAUGGCUCCUGAAGUUCUUCAGAAGGGGACGGCGUACGACAGCAGCGCGGACUGGUUCUCCUUAGGCUGCAUGCUCUUCAAACUGCUGAGAGGGCACAGCCCCUUCAGACAGCACAAGACCAAAGACAAACACGAGAUAGACCGCAUGACACUCACCAUGAACGUGGAGCUGCCAGACUCGUUUACCGCUGAGCUCAAAGAUCUGCUGGAGGGGCUGCUGCAGCGGGAUGUCUCCAAGAGGCUUGGCUGCCAGGGCCGAGGAGCUGCUGAGGUGAAGGAGCAUCAGUUCUUCAAAGGCAUCGACUGGCAGCAGGUUUACCUGCAGAAGUACUCUCCUCCUUUAAUCCCUCCCCGGGGAGAGGUGAACGCAGCAGACGCCUUUGACAUCGGCUCUUUCGACGAGGAAGACACCAAGGGCAUCAAGCUGCUGGACAGUGACCAGGAGCUGUACAAGAACUUUCCGCUGGUCAUAUCAGAGCGCUGGCAGCAGGAGGUGGCGGAAACGGUCUACGAGGCGGUCAACUCGGACACGGACAAGAUCGAAGCUCGCAAGAGGGCCAAGAAUAAACAGCUGGGCCACGAAGAGGACUACGCCCUGGGGAAGGACUGCAUCAUGCAUGGCUACAUGCUGAAGCUCGGGAACCCAUUCCUGACCCAGUGGCAGCGCCGCUACUUCUACCUGUUCCCCAACCGUGUUGAGUGGAGGGGGGAGGGCGAGUCACGGGAGAGCUGGCUGAAACCCUUUAAGAGGCAGAGGGAGGGGCAAAACCUGCUGACGAUGGAGCAGAUCUUGACAGUGGAGGAGACGCAGAUUAAAGACAAGAAGUGUAUCCUGCUGCGCAUCAAAGGAGGGAAGCAGUUUGUCCUGCAGUGCGAGAGCGAUCCGGAGUUCGUUCAGUGGAAAAAGGAACUGACGGAGGCGUUCACGGAGGCCCAGAAGCUGCUGCGCCGCGCCCCCAAAGUGAUCGGGAAAGGCCGGGCCGGCGUGGUGGAGCUGUCCAAACCCCCCCUCACACACCGCAACAGCAACGGGCUGUGAACACGCGCUUACACAUUUAUAUAUGUAUAAAAUACACACACAUCUCCACACACACACUGCGCGCACCCCCUCAUCACUGCAACACAUCUGACCUGACUUCCCCCUACGCCUCACAGACACCACCAGUCCCUCCCCCACCAUACAUGACAACCAAUCAGAAGCUGGAUCUGGGAUUUGUUUUUUUCCCCCCCGUGUGCGAUGAAGGAGGGGGUUGACGAGUCCAGUAGGACUCAGAACCAGACUCCACCCCCCAUCCUGGUCGCCUCUGUGGAGACUCCUGACUGUACAGACACCCACUCCUCUCAGCUUGCCCCCGGUUACUGAAGUGCAGAAAGUGCCAACCUGCAGGAUUUACUUGAGGAGGACCUGCCGCCCCCCCACUGCCCCCCGGACUCUCAGAUGGUGUUUGUGGGCGGCGGCUCAUCAUUCCAACCCAGAACACAAAAAAUUUAAAUAACAAAAUACGAUAACAUGAACCUGGAAGGACCACAGACACUGAGAGUGUGAGGGCUGUCUGCAGCCAGUUACCAUGGAGACUGAGAUUUCAUUGGCUGUCUAACAGCAGCCGGUUGCUAUGGUGACCCUGGAGGCCAGCGUAACCAUGGACAACAGUGUAUGAAGGCUCGCAGUAGAACUCUUAAUUGUUUCAGUCUGGUGCGUUUGCAUUGUCCGCCUGUCCGUCAGUCUGUGGGAGUGCGGGGGGGUGGGAGGUCGUUAUUACGAGGCAGGAGUCAGACUGUCAAUCAUCCGCCAUGCCGCAUCGCCUUUGUUGGACUGUCGGGCGACGACCAUCGUCAUGCGUACACGCAAUCAUCCCGGCGAGCUGAGGCUACUUCAGGAAAAGUCCACCCUCAGAUAAACCACAAAGUCAUUCAUUCCCCAGGAUUCCCUGGUCAGCGUUUAGAGAGCACUCAGCUGACGUUAACUUAAUUUAGUUCUUCUCAGUCAGUUUUUCUCUGGUUAAGAUCAGUUUUUUAGAAGUUAGAGCAGCUGAGGGCUGAUUUUCUUUCUUUGUGGAUGUUGAGAUGAUUUUCUCUUGUAACCAACAAAUCAAAUACAUUUAGCUUCAAAGGGGAGCAGCUUAAACUUGGAGGUUGUCCUCCAGGACGCUCAGACAUCGGUCUGGCUCGUCUAAAUGUUACUGGGAGUCUGAAUGUUCUCAGCUGUUAUGUGAAGAAAAUGGCCAGAAAUAGUCGGCGUUGCUCCAUCCAUCUCUAGUUUACGCCUCAAGCUCUGCAAGUCUUGUUGGGGGGAGGCUCAAGCUGAAGUCCAAAAACGCCAGGUUACUGUUCAGAUAUGAAACAGGCGCGAGAAGCUGGUGAGCUUCAAAAAAAUGAGCAAACCUGCUUAGAGACGAGUUCUGGCUCCCUCCGGCUUGUGUUGAGCUCGAUUCCGGCACAUCUGUCCAUACGUUUGCUGCUGGUCGAGCGGGCCGCUUGUCGUCACCCUGAUUCCUCCCAGCCGCCUCGUCACAGUAGGUCCUUCUAGCCAAAGCUCUGCUGCAGACUUGAUGUUGCUGCCUGAGUAGCAGGGAGUAGCAAGUUGGGUUUUUGGGUCAGGGCCGAUUGUUUCAGGAUGGAGUUUUCCUCGUCUCACGUUCAGGCUAGGUGCGAAGUUUACGGUUUCAUACGAACCCCAAAGUUUAACUGAAGGACAGGAAGUUGCACAGUGUUACAGGAGUGCCAGCGGUCCGGUGGGGGGCAGGGCUUGUAUUUCCAUGCAGUAGGGUGGGUUGGGGCACGCCAUCGUCAUUAUCGUUUUUGUUUUCGUCGUAGCCUUUACCGGUCAGGGGAGGGGUCGUAUCGUCAUGUCUGAGGGUGUCUUUUAUUUUUGUAAACCAAAAUGGUUUUAAUUGUUUUUUGUUGUUGCACCUUUUUAGCCCGGUUGUGUUACUGGUGUUUAAAUGUGCCAAAUAACUGUUGCUGAGUGGGCAGAGCCUCUGCCACCACAUCGCCGUGGUAACCCGACGGCGAGUGGUGAGCGUGCGCUCAUCCAGUGGACUGUUUUAUUUUAUUUUACUGCUCACAGCAUUUUAAAAGGACGGCAUAUAUGAAAAAUCUAAGUAUAUAUAAAUAUAUGUGUAUAUGAAAUGACAAACGCUGUAGGUUUAUUUAAAGUUGAUGUAGAAGGUGUUGGGGAGAGGCGGGGCUUCGACGUCCCUUCACCGUCUCAGCUCCGCCUUGCACAUGAAGACUCGUCAGACGUCGUUCCCGCCGCUUCUGUUCUCACGCCGGACUCUCGACCGUCGUAUUUAUUGUGUGUGUGGGGGGGGGGCGGCUUCUCCUGCCGAGCCCCCCCUCCACGCCUUCGAGCUGUCCGCUGACGGGAAGUCAGCCGGUUCCACCCGCCACAGACUCGUCUCUGUCCUCAUGUGCCACAAACACAGAUACUACUGCUUCUGGGUUCUUGACGUACGUCAUGAUAAUACUGAUAUAUGAUUGAUAAUAUUAUUCAGUGAUUAUUAUAAAGUUUAUUUUAAUGACUUUUGUUUCUCAGACAGGUAGGAAGUUGCGUGUCGGACUGCUUGUAAAAACAGUUCAUGAAUAAAAACCCUUUUUCCGUG